AUGCAUAAUAUUGGUAUAAGUCCUCUAUCAAUGAUAUCUAAAUGGUAAGAAAGUAAAUGACUCAAUGACUCUACUGCACCCGGAAGAGCUCAAGGGCAGUCUGACAAAUAUGGUGGGGGCGUGUAACAGGAAAUAAUGCUCGGGUAUAUUUUCAGCAGCGCAGUUUCAUUGCUUUCAUUUCAUCAUCAUGAGUGGCCGAGAAAGACCUCUUGAUGUAAGGAGCCCUGGCUCAAGAGCUAAAGAAAUUAAACAUGCAUCUCCAGUGCAAUGUACAGGCUUUAAAGAGGAGAAGCAGAAAAAAAAGAGAACAAAGACACAGGAACCACAGAAGUCAAAUCAUGCUGAAGAGAAGCCAGCUGUACAGAAAACUCCUAAAGAAAAGGCCACCAAACAUUUGACGAAGGAGAGUAACGAGGAACAGCACAUGCCAACUGAAAGCACUAAAGCCAAAACGUGUUCCAGCACGGCCAAGUCACAGAAGAGACCUCCCAGGAAUCCUCUGAAAACACAGCUGGAGUUGGAAACUGCAAUAACGCUAGAGGCACCAAAGGAGUUAAAGGCUUCUCCAGCAAACACUAAACCUAAAGCUAGUAGUAAGGCAGAAUUUCAAACAGAAGAGACAAAUGAUGAAGAAUGUGCUGACGAAACUAUGCAGAAGAUGCCGAAGGCAAAAGCAGAUGUAGAUAACUCAGUCCUAAAGUCAAUUCUAGGCAAUUUGAAGAUUAAGGUCAAGGACAGAUCCGAUUCAAGCAAAGUUGUGAAUAGUUUCAGAGAAAAUCUAGUCAAGUAUUUAAAAAAGACCAUAUACUUUCAUGAAGUUCAGAAACCGCUGUGCACAGGAAGUUAUUAUGAAAACCUUAAGAUCUUACAUCCUGAUGAGUUUGACAUCAUGCUUUGUAUGCCGGUGGAACGAGUUAAAAUUGAACCUUUUGGAACAAAUGGAGCCUUCUAUAGCGUGGCAUUAAAACGUGACAAGAACCCUUUAAUGACAUUCCAGAAGAAUGACAUUUUACCUGCAAGCGAAAUCCUUAAACAGUUCAGGGAAAGUGUGAAGACAUUUGCCAAAGGAUUUACAGCUUCAGCGUGGACGAUGACUCCGAAGAGAAAAGGCUGCCCUGCAGUGACCCUGACCUGCCAAGUGGGCUCAGUCACCAUUUCCCUUGAUGUUGUUCUCUGUCUCAGUGUGAAAUCAAGUUGGCCAUCUUUUACAAAAAAUGGUUUAAAAAUUGAGGAGUGGCUUGGAACGAAAGUAAAACAGGAGCACAAACGGAAGCCUUACUAUCUUGUGCCAAAAUAUGAAGGCAGAGGCAAUGUGGAAAACGACGGGGUCCAAGCCAAAGAUGCUUGGCGGGUGUCGUUCUCUCAUAUUGAGAAGGAUAUUAUAAAAAAACAUGGAUCGCAGAAGACGUGUUGUGAAAAAGGGGGAGCAAAUUGUUGCAGAAAAGGCUGCCUGAAACUCCUCAAGUAUCUUCUGCAUCUGCUGAAGGAAAGCAACUCUACAUUUGACAAGUUCUGCUCCUACCAUGCUAAGACUACGUUCUUACAUGCUUGCUGCUCCAAAACUAAAGACACCGACUGGGGAGAGUCAGAUCUCAGUCAGUGCUUUAACCGCCUCCUGCAGGACUUCGAAAAGCACCUGAGAUGUGGCGAACUCUUCAACUUCUUCAUCCCCAGUCAGAACCUGCUCUCUGGUAUAGGAAGAAAACUUUGCACACAACUGGCGGACACCAUCAAGGAGCAGCGUGAAAAUGGUUUUCCCAUCUUUAAAGAGAGAGUUUGUUAAUCCACAUUGAGUGUUAAACUUCUGAAGUUAGCAGUUUUACGAAGUUGUUUUUUCUUUUUCCUCAAAUAAUAUUUAAAUAAAAAAUUGUUCAAGCCUUGGAGAGAGAGAGAACUGUGGCCUAUUUAAGACUCUCUCGGUUUAAUACCAGAGAGCGAUUCAUUUUAGGUCAUAUUUAUCACAACUACAUCUUUUAAUAUUGAAAGAUUUAGAAGAUUUGAUUAGAUUCUAAAUUCAAGAUAUGAAUUCAUGCAUUUAUAAUCAGAUUAUGCGACUGCAAAGGCCUCAACAAAAGCUGCUGUACAGACGACCCUUGAUUAAAGCAUGUUCCUACAAGACCUAAGAACAACAAUCCCAGUUGACUACCUGUUGAAUUUCUUUUCCCAAAGUGUAAAGACAUGUAUACCAGAAUGGCCCUGCCCUACACAGUACAUGAGAAAUGUUGACUAGUUUACAUCAGCACUAUUCCAAUGUAUUGUACUCUGUGUAUGCAGUUGUACAUUUGUUAUCUUUAUUUUUAUUAUUAUCUACUCGUGAAACCCCUUGUUUGUGCACUUUGUACAAUUGUUAGAUGUUGAAGGGAAAGCAGAUACUGGGGAACAAAAAACAAAAACAGAUUUGAAAAAUAAUUUGCUAUUUAUGACUAGUAUUGGUAUUUUCAAUGUUUGAAAUUUUUAAUAAACUACCCUUACAAACACUUUGAAGCAAACAAGUUUUAAAGUGUAAUCAUUUGUAUGUUUUCUACGUUAACUGACUUUAUUUUAUGUCACCCAAAUAAAAUCCAACAUCUUUUACAACAUA